AUGAGAACGCGGCCAAAUUUGACGUUUUCGAAGCUAGAUGAGGAGACGGGCGCGAUGUUGGACAAGAUGUUCGAAAAAAAAGAUUGCAUGGUCGAGAUAAAUCCUGGCCGGGUGAUUCUACCGGCUGACUAUAUGACGAUAGGUCAAGAUAUUUUGGAUAUGGAAGUUCUGGACAGCGAUGUUUGGAUGUGCUCUUAUCCACGUACUGGAUCCACAUGGGCUCAAGAAAUGGUUUGGUUGGUUGGUCACGAUUUGGACUACGAAGGUGCGAAGUCUUUGCAACAAAUUCGUUGCCCUCUAGUAGAGCUGUCAUGUAUUAUGGUGGAUGGUCAUGCUGAAUGGCACGACGAAUCUGUCAAGGGUACGUCUGUAGACCUCGUGAAGUACCGUCUACCACAUCCUAGAUAUAUUCGGAGUCAUCUACCUUGGGAUCUGCUGCCGAUUGAUAUCGUUAAUGAAGAUGGCAUGGCAAAGCCUAAGGUAAUUUAUACAUCGCGGAACCCAAAAGACAUGGUAGUUUCAUAUUAUCACUACUGUACAUUGGUGCAUGGUCUCAAGGGCAGUUUUGAAGACUUCUGUGACUUGUUCAUGAGAGAUAGAGCACCAUUUGGACCUGUAUGGAACCAUAUUCUAGGUUUUUGGAAAAGGCGUCACGACCCAAAUAUACUGUUCAUAAAGUUUGAGGAGAUGAAGCGCGACCUACCAAUGGUCGUACGGAAGACAGCCGACUUUCUGGGCAAGAUUAUGACCGAUGAGCAAGUCGAUAAGCUUUGUGAUCAUCUAUCAUUCCAAAAUAUGAAACAGAACCGAGCUGUUAACUUGGAUGCGAUACUAGAAAAGUCUUUCGGCAAAAGCUAUUUAGAAGGAACUCCACUGAGAUUCAUCAGAAAAGGUGAGAUUGGAGAUUGGAAGAACUAUAUGUCUGAUGAUCUUUCUAGAAGAUUCGACGAUUGGGCUCACUCACAUCUGAAGGGGACUGAAUUAAGUUUUGAGUAAUAUUUUAAAGUAAAUUCAUACAGCUUGUAACUUUUAGUGACACUUUAGAUGUAUGGUUUAUAGAGGACUCCUACAGAAAGCGAUAUUAAUGAAUU